AUGGCACCAAGGCAAUCGCAAACAGCCAAGAGGAACAAGACCCAGAACAAGACAAGAACCAAUGAUUCCGAAGUCUUUACCGACUCUGUCGCCAGAAAUUUGUUAGCAUCCCAACCCAAAUUAACCCCUAAAGCCAUCUCCAAGAAGCCAUCCAAACAAUCAGUCAAGAAACAACAAGCUAAAAUAAGACUUUAUGGAGCCAAAAAUGGUAAAGAAUACCGUGAAGACCAACUUGACAUACCCACCUUGAACAAGGCUGUUAUACCCGGGGUGAAAGCCAAGAAGGGAAAGAAGGGUAAGAAGUUUGUGGACGAUAACGAUUCAUUGACCAUGAAUAGAUUGGUCAAAUCCAUUAACGACAAGUACGAUGUGGUGAACGAAAGUAAGUUGGAGAAGAGCAGAAGAUUGGAAGAAUUGAGAGAGUUGAAGAAACAGGAAAUAGAGAGAAAGGAACAACAGAAGAUUGACAAGUUGGAGGGCAAGAAAUCCGAAUUGAAGAACAAGGCAAAUGUUGCCAGAGCCAAUAGAAGAAAGAAUGCCAAGGCCAGAAAUGCCGAGGAAGAGGCCGAGGCUCCAUCUAAGAAGAAGAAGAGUGUUUCGUUCGCAUAA